AUGCAUCGACUUUUAGCUGAGCUAGAGCCAUCUGUAACCGUCACCGAGCAAAACAUCUUGCGCUCAAAUAUAUUUGAUGACGCCGAACUCGAACGGCUACGACGUGAGGCUGUUCCCUCAUCAAAUGAAAAUGCUACGGCUGAGGAUGCGGUGCCACAAGUUGCAGAACAUCCCGCACACGUGGAUACCGCCGUGAAUACCCCAGUGGUGGCUGAUUCAAAUGAUGAUGGAACAUUCGCCCAGGAACUAGAAAUAGAGCAAAUGAGGAGUACAUUGGAAGAGGCGAUUAUGGAAACGCGCAGUACGCCUCUCGAAAAUCGACCGCGACUUCCCCGCAUAGCACUAAGCAAGCAGAAUCGGGCUGUCUUGAGGGCUCUGAACCCAAUGCUGGUGACCUAUUUGGACGCCAGCCGGGACCUUUGCGAUACGGACUCAAUUUUUUUGGCGCCGCGCUGGCAGUCUGCCGUAUCAUAG